CUCAAAGCCAGAAUUGUAUCCUCCGUCAUCUUUCUCGAAACCCGUCCCCGACUUUGACCUGCACGCCUCGACGCAGGCUUGAUUCGAUAUAUCGUCAUGGCGAUCCACUACCUUAUUCUCCUAUCUCGCCAAGGCAAAGUGCGCCUUGCCAAAUGGUUCUCAACCCUCUCACCCAAAGAUAAGGCCAAGAUCGUCAAGGACGUAUCUCAGCUUGUGCUCGCUCGUAGAACGCGCAUGUGCAACUUUCUCGAAUACAAGGAUACUAAGAUUGUCUACCGCCGAUAUGCUUCACUUUUCUUCAUCGCCGGCUGCUCCUCUGACGAUAACGAGCUGAUCACCCUCGAAAUUAUUCACCGAUAUGUCGAACAGAUGGACAAAUACUACGGCAAUGUGUGCGAGCUUGAUAUUAUCUUCUCCUUCACCAAGGCAUAUUACAUUCUCGACGAAAUCCUUCUUGCGGGCGAGCUGCAGGAGACGAGCAAAAAGAACAUUCUUCGCUGCAUCGGUCAGCAGGAUUCUCUUGAAGACAUGGAGGUCGAGGACGAAGUUACAAAGAUCAUGUAAACAUUCCUCGACGAUCUUGUAAUUGCUGUCCAGCCCAGCAAUAGUUCGACCUCGCCUCACGAAACGUCAGAUCGACCCGUCCACUUUCAUAAAACGCUUUUAUACGAGCUACAGAAUUAUCACUGGCUAAGGAUUGACUUUGGAUCAACAGGUCGACGAACAAAUAAUAGGGUCGCUCAAGGAGACGGGAGUUCUGUAAUGUGAAAGUCUCAGGCGGCUGAGCAUUUCUUCAAUGGGAAGAGAUCACACGUAUGUUUACAUCGUGGGAACCGGCGCAGGUGGUGUUUGGGAGUCUCGGGCCAAGAAGGCCUUGUUUUGUAGAUCUUUGACGGUGGAAAACCACCUUCUUUCAUAUCAAGAGAUGAGGCCUCUGGGUGUGGCGGUUGCGACAGCUUGCGGCGAUCGGUACAGAUGCGCUCAGGCCAUUUGCGUCGAGCAUCGAUGGAAUACUGGAAGGAUACCGAGUCUUGAGCGUAAAGCGGAAGAACUGCUGCAAUGGCCGUCGUCAGAUGCUCUGUGCCAUUGAGAAUGCUCGAUCCUGACACGUUUGUUUCCUCCAUGUGCUCAACGAACACCGAGUUCAGCCGCAUUGCUCCAUCGCAACGCCUCCACCCAGAACCAGAAUCA